AUGGCUAAGAUGGGAGCUGCUAUUCUGGUCUGCAUAUUGGUUUUAGCCCUGGAUGUCACUGCUGGCAUACUGGGAAUUCAGGCUCAGGCUGCUCAGAACAAGACUAAAAAAGUGACAAUUCUCUUCAUUCAAUGCGAGAAACCAGUCUACAAAGCAUACCAGCUUGGCCUCGCAGCUGUGGUGCUCCUGGUAGUUGCCCACGCAAUUGCCAGCUUUUUUGGCGGCUGUGUCUGCAUCUGCUCUCAGCUGGAGUUCAUCCGUGCAUCCAUUAACAGGAAACUUGCAGCUACCACUAUAGUGCUCUCAUGGAUUGCCUUGAUCGUUGGAUUCUCAUUGCUGCUCGCUGGUGCCAUGUCCAACUCCAAGUCAAAGACGUCAUGCGGGUUCACGCACGGCCACACCUUGGCCCUCGGUGGGAUCAUGUGCUUCGUUCACGGCGGGAUCACCAUCGCCUACUAUGUCACCGCCACCGCAGCAGCGCACGAGGCUGCUUAG